AUGUCGGACAUUUCAAAGAAUAAGACGUUCUAUAUGUCACUGUUGAAGGAGACAGAUAAUCAAUAUGCCCAGGAAGUGCAGAGGCUCCAACAAAAUGAAGUUCAGAAAUUCCUGUUUCGAGUUGGAAACAGUUGCUUCCUCUGUCUUUGGUAUGAAAACUCGGGAGUUACUUUGAGCUUCUCCGAUUAUGACAUCGUAGAAUCAAGACUCACCUCAUUAUAUCCGAAUGUCACGUUCCUCAUCUCGGCCCCUUUGAUGUCCCUAAUACCAACUUCUGCUAGAGUCCUCAACACCGACCCUGACACAUUAGGCGCCACCCGCAUAUCAUCACCGAUUAUAAAGUUCAUGGUGAAAUUGUGCUUCCCACUAGACGCCCCUCUGCAUGUAAAGUACUUGGUGGGCUCAGAGUCACUUAGAUUCAGCUUCAGCUUACGGCAUUCUUUAUCAAACACGCUUUUCGGGUUUAGCAGCAUUUGUUUACUGGUCUCCGAAUGA